AUGACCCGUACGGCGGCGGAUCGUCCCGCAACUCUAGCAACGGUUACGAGUUGGAUGGGGCUGACAGCAGGUGUGCUUACUUUGAUUUUGUGGUGUUUCCUGUUGCCUGCAAGCAAAGUACGUUUGUCUGUUGAGCCUGGGAACUUCUUGGGAGAUGUGAAUCAAGAACGGUGGCGGCAGGCGUUGUUCUCCUUUACCCCGGAGGUGUUUGUGGACGUUUGGACUCCGUUUAUUUUCGGCACAAUUUCCGUCGUUGCGCACUUCAGCAGCUUCGAGUUCUUCAUCACUGGCGACUUCUUCCGCUUUUUCUUUUGGAAUCUAAUCAUGGCGUUGUUCGGCAACUUAGGUUAUGCAGGCGGCCUGGGCAUCAUCUGCGGCAGCUUCACGCUGCUUGUUGCAUUCUUCUCUCUCGUCUGUCUCUGUGCAUGCAACGGACCUGCGAAACUCAACUUAGACCCUUUUAGCAAGCAGGAACUCCUCGACUUCUGA